AUGGCCCCUCUUUCCCAGAAGAAAAGAAAGCUUCAAGAUGGCAUGCGUGGAAAAACAGACCGACCUAAGAAGAGGUUCCGCAAGCAGAAAGCAUAUCACAGUUCUUCCGAGGAUUCAGACGACCCAGAAAAUGGUUUCGCGGCUGUCAAUCUCGAUGAAUCGGGCGACGAGACACCACAGAAGGCGGCAGUGAAGAAACCCCAAAAAUCACUCAAGACGAAACAGCUCGACGAGCAAUCACCCGCCUCCGAAAGCGGAAACGAAAACGAACAAGAGUCUCGUGCAGAUGCAAUGGCACAAGCAGACGCAGAGGAGGGUGAAGAUGAGGCGGACGAGGAAGACGAGGAGGAAGUCAGCACCACAAGACGCAAGAGCACAACGAAACGCAACGACCCCGAAGCCUUCUCAACCUCGAUCGCGAAGAUCCUCUCCACGAAACUCUCCCAGGCCGCCCGCAAAGACCCAGUCCUCUCGCGCAGCCGCGACGCAGCCGAAACCAGUACAUCGUUAGCGAACGAACGGCUGGAGAGGAAAGCGAAAGCGAAGCUUCGCGCUGAGAAGAGAGAAGAACUCGAGCGCGGCAGGGUCAGGGACGUGCUGGGGUUGAGUUCAGGACAGGCGGGUGAGGUGGCCGAGGAGGAGAAGAAACUGCGCAAGAUCGCGCAGCGCGGUGUCGUCAAGCUGUUCAACGCCGUGCGAGCCGCCCAGGUGCAGGGCGAACAGGCUGCGAAGGAGGAGCGGAAAAAAGGAACGAUCGGGGUGGAAAAUCGGCAGGAGAAGGUCAACGAGAUCAGCAAGCAGGGAUUUCUGGACUUGAUAGGUGGUCGAGGAAACAACGCGAGCGCUGCUACCCCUGUGCAGUCGUAG